GCGUACCCCUGUUCCUGUUGGAGACGACUGUAGGCCAGUACACCCAGGAGGGCGGCAUCACCUGCUGGAGGAAGCUAUGCCCACUGGCCGAAGGUAUUGGCUAUGGUGGGCAGCUGAUCGUCUUCUACACCUGUAUGACCUACAUCAUUAUUCUGUCCUGGGCUCUGUUCUACCUGGUGUUCUCCUUCAGCUCACAGCUCCCCUGGGCCAGCUGCAACAACUACUGGAACACAGAUGACUGCGUGGACUUUUCAACGCGAAAUAAAACCUCUGAAUGGACCAACCAGACGAACACAACCUCUGCUGCCACAGAGUUCUGGGAACGACGAGUGCUGGCUAUCUCAGGGGGGAUUGAGGAGAUAGGCAGCAUCAGGUGGGAGUUGCUGUUGUGCCUAAUUACAGUGUGGAUCAUCUGCUACUUUUGCGUCUGGAAAGGGGUCAGGUCUACAGGAAAGGUGGUGUAUUUUACUGCUACCUUUCCAUAUGCAAUGUUGGUAAUUCUUUUGAUCCGUGGACUCUCACUUCCUGGUGCUCUACAAGGAGUACAGUUUUAUCUUCUGCCUGAACCCUCACGACUCAAAGACCCCCAGGUUUGGUUGGAGGCUGGGACUCAGAUCUUCUUCUCAUACAGUUUGGGUGCGGGCGCCUUAACUGUGCUCGGCAGCUACAACACCUACAACAACAAUUGCUAUAAGGACUGUCUGUGGCUGUGUUUGCUAAACAGUGGUACCAGUGUGGUAGCUGGCUUUGCAGUCUUCUCUGUGCUGGGAUUCAUGGCUCAUGAGCAGGGCGUUCCUAUUGCAGAAGUGGCCGAGUCAGGUCCAGGUUUGGCGUUCAUUGCGUACCCUCAGGCUGUAGCCAUGAUGCCUCUUCCCCAACUGUGGUCCAUCUGUUUCUUUGUCAUGCUCAUUCUCUUGGGUCUGGACACACAAUUUGUUGCCAUGGAGGUGAUGAUGACAUCCAUCACAGAUAUGUUUCCCAAAGUAAUGCGCAGGGCAGGCCGACGGGAACGUUUCCUCCUCCUCUUCUGCCUCACAUGCUUCUUCGCUCAGCUCGUCAUGAUCACUGAGGGAGGAAUGUAUGUGUUCCAGAUGUUUGACUACUACGCUUGUAACGGAGGCUGCAUCCUCUUCCUCUGUGUGUUUGAAACUCUGGCACUGGGAUGGAUAUUUGGGGCAGAUCGGUUGUAUGGCAUCAUUAAGGACAUGACAGGUGUGCACGCCAACCCGUUCUUUAAAAUCUGCUGGCUUUACCUCACACCGGCGGUCUCAAUGGGCACUUUUAUAUGUUCUUUAGUUAAGUACCAACCUUUGACCUUUAAUCGUUGGUAUGUAUACCCAGCCUGGGCGUACGUGUUGGGCUGGGUACUGGCCCUUUCCUCCAUCCUACUUGUACCGGGAUGGGCGCUGUAUAAACUGGGAACUGGGACUGGGAACCUCAGUCAGCGUUUUCAUCAUCUGUGCCGACCCGACCCUGACUGCUCACUGACCCAAAAGAGAGAAACUGAGCUGCAGCACAUCGGAGGGGAAGAUCUGCAACGGCUCACCACCAGCUGAUAUGAAAUGUCAAAUGAUCCUGAACUCUUUGUCAACUGCAAUAUGUGUAUAACAACUAAGAUUGGGUACU